UAGUUUUGGAACGUGAGGACGACGCCAUUUUCGGACAUGGCGAGCGAUUCUGUCUAGAGAAAAGAGCGAUUUUUCCCGUAAUUUUGGCGCGUUUUCCCCCUAGGAUGGCGCAGACUAAGGUGAUCCAGGUGACCAACGUGGCGCCGGCCGCCACCAAGGAGCAGAUGCAAACGUUGUUCAGUUUCCUGGGCAAAAUUGACGAGAUCAAACUGUACCCAGAGGAUAUCUCAGUGCCGGUGACUUCCAAGGUGUGUUACGUGAAGUAUGACGACCCGACCAACUGUGGCGUAGCGCAGCACCUCACCAACACCGUGUUCAUAGACAGGGCACUCAUCGUGGUUCCCUGUCAGGAUGGCGUCAUUCCAGAUGAAGCUAAAGCCCUUCAGUUGGCAGCUCCGGCUAAUGCAGUGGCUGGUAUGAUCCCCGGGGGUGGGGCACCUGCGGCCAGCGCUCUCCUCCCCACCCCCGCACCUAUAGCCAACCCUCUACUGGCAGCUGCAGGAGUGGGAGGGGAAGUACUGGGGGCAACUCUGGCUGACCAGGACAUACUUGGAGCAUUUUUUCCUGAAAGUGUCAGCAAGGACGUUCUCGGAUCCGGUAUGGGAGACCAGGCAUGGCCUGGUGUAGUGACAGUCUAUGUGGGCAACUUGGACUCCGCCACUGUUACCGCCGAGCAGCUCCUGAAUUUCUUCCAGCAAGUGGGUGAGGUGAAGUACGUUCGGAUGGCGGGGGACGAGACCCAGCCCACGCGCUUCGCGUUCGUGGAGUUUGCUGACCAGACAUCCGUGGCGAAGGCCCUGCAGUAUAACGGCAUCAUGUUCGGAAACCGACCACUCAAGAUUAACCAUUCCAACAAUGCUAUCGUCAAGCCCCAGACUCAGACUCCCGAGGCACAGCGCCGGGAAAUCGAGGAGGCCAUGAAACGAGUCCGCGAUGCGGAGGCUCUAAUCACAGCCGCCAUCGAGCCAGGUGCGGUUAAUUACUCCAACAUCGCCCUAAACAAACCUGUGGCCCUGACCAACCCCCACGUGGCCCAGAUUGACGCCGUCUUGAACCAAGUGCGAGAAGCACAGAGUCAUAUCUCCUCCGCCCUCAAUGCAGGAACUAUGACGGCGGCCACGUUGUUGCAAAUCCCAACCAUAGAAAAGCCAACCUUACGGUCUUCAGAAGUUUCAGAAAAGAAGGAGGACAAACGUCGACGGAGCCGGUCAAGGUCACGCUCGUACUCCCGCAGGCGCCGCUCACGGUCAAGGUCACCACGGAGAUCGCGGUCCCGGAGGUCUCGCAGCCGGAGCCGACAUCGCCGGUCCAGGUCACGGUCCCCGAAGAGACGCUCCCGUUCCCCGCGCAGACGCAGGUCACGUUCCCGCGAGCGAAGGUCACGCUCUCGAUCCCGACGUUCGCCAUCCAAAUCACCUGCCAGGAGACAUUCAACAACAGCCAAGGGCAGACGGCGGUCUCGCAGCAGGACACCUCCGCGCAGCUACCGCACCACCAGCCGCUUAUCCCGCAGCAAGAGCAGGUCCCCAAGACGACGUUCCCGCUCGCCCAAACGGUCGCCAUCCAAGUCCCCGGCAAGACGACCCUCCUCCUCCAAGCAUAAGAAGGAGAAGAAGAAGGAUAAGGAUAAGGACAGAGACCGCAGCGGCAGCCGGGAACGAGACACCACCAAGAGUAAGAAGAAGAAGAAGGACAAAGACAAGGACAAGGACAGAGACCGGGAGAAGGACAAGGAGAAACACAGAGGCAAGAGCAAGGAGCAGGAAGAGGACAAGAAGGAGGCCAAGGUUACCCGUGACUAUGAUGAGGAGGAACAAGGCUAUGACAGUGAGAAGGAGAAGGUGUCUAAACCCCCCGCACCAGAAGCCGCAGUGGAACAGUCCGCGGAAGCCCCACCGUCCAGCGAUGACGUGGGAGACUCGGGCAGUCAGGGCCAGGCUGACAUGGAAAUGGACAGUGAUUAAGCCUCUACUGUCUCUUGAAACUUCAUCUGUGUUGGUUAGUGAUGCAUACCGGUUCACUGGACUUGGAUACAGACUUGUAAGAAUGUUUAGGUUCAAGUCCAACAAAACCUAAAAGUCAAGAACCGAGUCUGGACUUAUUUCCAUAAAAGACCAUUUCACACACCCCUUUUCUUUCCAAACCACGUAAAACCUUUCGUAGAUUGUAAAAUCUUUGCUGCAAAACGAAGAAAACAUUGCCAUCGGGCAUCGUCAAGUACCGGCCUCCAUGUUAUGUGGCCAAAGUUUCACCCAGACAACAUUGCAAGGUUGCCAAAAUGCAAUUUUGUAUAUGCCAUGGGUUUAGGUCCGGACUUACAAGUCCGGAACUGAACCUAAACUUCUGGACUUGAAUCCAGGCCUGAACCUAAAAUUGGGUUUAGGUAUGCAUCACUAGUGUUGGUAGAAGUCAUUAUGAAGCAAGUUUCAACUAUAUUUUCCUACAUACGAAAUUGGACUUACCCAAGUUUUCAACUGCACAAGUCCAAUCUUUUUCAAGGAAUGAAGAAGCCAUCAGUUCUGUGAUGUCACAUUAUGCAGAUGACACACGUGACACGGUGGCCAGUGGAUCAUAAGGACUGGGGGCGCUACAAACUUUCUGCAACCAGUGAUCCACUGCUCACCGAGUCUCAUGUGCCAUUCGCAUAACUAACUGAAGUUGUACAGUUGGAAAUUUGGGUAAGACCAAUUUCUUGCGCUGGAAGUUACAGUUUAAACUUGCUUUAUAUAUAACUGUGGUCUCUAGUCUCUAAAUACAGGUAGUAGCUAUUGCUGUUUUUUUUUUUACGUUUGGAGAAAUUUGUAAACGAUCAUUGUGACACUGUAAAUCUAGAAACUUUUGUGCUAGUUUUAUUUUCUGUGUGAUUUGCUGCUGCGCAAAGUCACCACUGUUCUGUCAUACCAACAUGAAAGGAACUGAAUUUACUGUACAAUCGUCCAGUAGUUGUACUUUAGUAUAUCGAAAUCAAACCAGCAGAUUUUCAGGUGGAGCAUUUCAAGCAAGAAGUCCUCCAUGUGUAUGUGGUUGAGAACAUUUGCAAUUAAACAGUGUUAAACAGUG